AUGGUUCUCAAACCUUGUGCAGGCAAUUCAAGGACAGAAAGAGAUUCGAGCAACUUGGAGGAAGCCAUAGAAUCCAUGGAAGCAUCUUCAGUGGUCCUUAAACCAUGCUCAGCCGAGAAGACGAAAAAAGGAUAUUCCAGCAAAUUGGAGGAGGAGGAGGAGGAGGCGGCAGAACCCAUGGAAGCGUCUUCUUCAGUGGUUAUCGGUUCCUGCCUGACAAAGCGUAAGGCCGAGUUCGACCUGGAGGAGGAGGAGAGCGAUGGCGAGAUUGACGAAGCGAGGGUUGAAAGAGCCAGAGCCAAGGAGCGCGAGGCUGAGAAAGCGCUCUUAGAUCCGCCCGAGUGGGAUGUGGACAGCUUCGAUGAUUUAAAGUAUUAUUCAUCCCCGGAGUCGAACCUUUCCUCCGACGAGCAGCCUUAUGAAAACAUGGAGAACGCUAAAGAACACUACCGCAUCUAUAAACGCCAGCUCAUCGACAGCAAGGGAUUUAAGGUGGAUCCAGGGCUUAGGCCAAGUGACAGGUACUUGGGAAUCAACCCGGAUUCGAAUGUGGAGUUUGCUGAAUUGGUGAGAGGAAAUUAUCGAGGAGGCCCGAGACCCAAGUCGUACAUUACGUUCAUGGCGAGAGAGAAGCCUGAUGGACCUCUUGUUGAGUAUCAAACCAAGGCUAUGAUUACUCUUGACCAUAAGAUGCAUCCCAUCAUCUGUAGACCGGCUCCUACGCAAAAGCUUUAA